UAUUUACAUCUGUGUACCUUCCGAAAUUAAUAUUAUGUAAACAUCUUACAGUUCAUUGAAAAUUGACAGGAAGAAAAACAGAGCAUGGCAGAAAGAAUGGAGGAUACUCUACCACCCAAAUCCGAAAAGCUGUUGGAAAUUCACAACAAGGCAACUCAAGCAGUAUCGGUUCAGGAAUUUGUCGACAAAGAUGAGAAUUUCAAUGAAAGUUAUGGAAAUGUAAAAAAAAUUGAUGAAGGAUCUUACGGCAGUGUCUAUAGCGCUCAGUGGAAGGGUGAAUCUAAAACAUUUUUAAAGUUUUUAGCAUUAAAAGUUGUAGAAGCGUCAAAAUUUCAGGACACUGAAAUAGAAAGAAACCUCGAAUUAUUUCAAAAUGGGUCAUGUAGACAUAUAGUUCGUUUCAUCAGUCUGCGUUCUCAUAUAUUUGAAAAACAAAAGUUUUAUGUACUGGAGAUGGAGAUUUGUACCGGAGGGACUCUUAGAAAAUCAGAUCAUGAGGAUAAAUAUGAUAAUCAUGAAUUCCAAUUAAACAUUUUAAAAGGCUUAAUAGAGGGAUUGAAAUACAUUCAUUCCCUUAAUCUCGUGCACCAUGACAUACAUGGAGGCAACAUUUUUUUUAAAAGCGAGGAUGACCCUACCGUUAUGUAUGGUGAUUUUGGAUUAACAAAAGAAGAAGCUACAUACACGAAGUGGGAUGACAUAGAACGCCUUGCAGACACAAUUAUACGUUAUGUUUUUGCACUAAAGUCUUCUGGUUCCCUACAAAUUCAAGAAAUUGCAACCCGGCUCAGAGAAAAAGAAGUCUCCAAGAGCAUUAUAGAUGUUAUUGUAGGACUAAAACGAAAAGAAAUGAAGCUCGAGGAAGCUAAAGAUAAAAUUGAAGAGAUGAUAAGAAAGUUACCAGGAGAGGGAGAUGACAGAAUAGAUGACAGAACUGCAUUAUCUGCCUCUGAACCCCCCUGUUCAUCAAGUAGAUCUGGAUUGCGGCGAAGAGAAACAAAGCAAGAAGAUGAGAAUCAUAUCCAAAAACGCAGAAAGGUUGAUCAAAUUCAAAUGGAAUUAAAAGUUAAUGGUAACGAAAUAUUGUUCGAUUAUCUUUCACGUAAGUUAUCAGGUAGUAGUCCCCUAGAAUUUUGUGUUAUACUCUUAGGCGAUACCACAGUCGUCGAAUGUUGUAAGACAAAGUAUAAUCCUGAAAUAUUCUAUAAAAUCAUGCAUUCUUGGAAGUGCGAACGUCCCGAACUUGACCAUGUGGAGGAACUGAAGAAAGCGCUCUCAAAGUUAGGAAGACAGGAUCUGGUGGAACAUAUUAGCUCCUUCUCUGUUGAAAGCUUACAAAAGCAUUCUAUUACAAUAGAGGGACCAAACAUUCGUGUAGUUGACGACGAUUUUAUACGGAUAUCUAGAAAUGUUGCUCAAGGAUACGUCCAUGUGGUUCGCUUUCUUGGACUUCAGCAAAACGAUAUUGAUCAGUUAGAGUCCGACUUCUCAAGUAGCAUUAAGGAGCGGAUUUUCGAAGCAUUCAAGAAAAUUAAAUACAAUUUUCCAUCGCUGAAUAGACAACAUGUCUGUAAUGCCUUGCACUAUGCUGACCAUGUAAAUGUGAUAUUUCUGUUAAAUGAAAAUUGGAAAAAUAGCUAAGUGAUGUAAUUUCCUAGAGAUUGUUUAUUCUGUUAAUUAAAUAUACAUCCAAUUUUCAUAAAAUUCAAAUUUCUACACAUAUUUAUGUACAUCUUAUAUUGUACAAUAAAGUCUAUGGUCAAUAAAGGCAUUACAUGUGUUA